GUUCUUGCUUCCUCCACCUCCGGCGGCCGCGGCAUGCUCGUCGGCAAUUGCCGGUAUUCGUGUGUUGUGCUCCGGAGGCACUCACCGCCGUCGAAUUAUUCUCAUCACGUUGCUCGACACGCCACCGGGAAUCUGGACCGGUGCGGGAUCCUAUUCGGCCACUAGAACCCAAGCUUCCAAUGGAUGGAAAUGGAACCUUUGCAUCGGCCCUAUUUAAGCAUCGCCGCUGCACUAAUCCUUCUCCUCUCCUGCUCCAACUGUCGCCUUAAUUCGUUGCUAGAACCUGCUGAUUGAGCUUGUUCAGAUCCAAGACUUCGUGAUCUAGAUGAUGAACGCCAAGAAGAUUAAGCUGCACGACCACCACUACGGAUCGCCGCUGUGCGACCCACAGAUGUUCCCGGCCGCCGCCGCCGCCGCUGGGCUCUCCUUCCACCCGGGGCUCGUGAGCUCCUUGCCGCAGCAGCACGGCGGCUCUGGCAGCUGGCUGCACGAGGAGUACACCCCGACUCCGAGGACUGCCCCAGCGACGCAGGGCAGCUGCGUCGGCGCCGACACCGCCGCGUUCUUCGCCACCGAGCACCUGCUGGGCAUGGUGCGGUUCGACUUCCCUCUCGGGACGACGACGCUGCCGGCGACGAUGACAACGGCCAAGACGCCGCCGUUCAUCCGGUCGCCGGAGGCCGAGCAGCUGUACCGGCCAGUCGGCCCGCUGCUGCACCGCGACAACUCGGUGAGGACGUACUACGUCAGGCCGCAGCAUCGGGACGCCCCGGAAGCGCCUCCUGCGCUCAAGCUGCCAUUGCAGCAGCAGCAAGAGCAAGGGCAUGCGCUGUACGGCAACGGUUCCACCGGCAGGCUGCUCGGCGGCGAACCCAAAGCCCACUCAUUUUCACCUCAUGUUACGGCCAACACGCUUCUCCCGGCGAUGGAAGCGCCGGGCAUGCAGAGCCCAACUGAGAACCCGCUGUCCAGGAGCUGCAGUAUCGGUGCGCCGGGGACCCACACCGGGAACGUCGUCGCCGCGCCCGGGCACGGCGCGCCGAGCAAGACGCGGAUCCGGUGGACGCAGGACCUCCACGAGCGGUUCGUCGACUGCGUGAACCAGCUCGGCGGCGCGGACAAGGCGACUCCAAAGGGGAUUCUGAAGCUGAUGAACUCUGGUGUCCUCACAAUCUACCACAUCAAGAGCCACCUUCAGAAAUACCGCAUAGCCAAGUACAUGCCGGCAUCGACAUCCGAAGGGAAACAGGAGAAAAGAGCCACCGGAAAUGACGCGCAGAAUCUCGACCCCAGCACUGGAAUGCAGAUCACUGAAGCACUACGCGUCCAGCUCGACGUGCAGAGGCGCCUCCACGAGCAGCUCGAGAUCCAGAGGAAUCUGCAGCUGAGGAUCGAGGCGCAGGGAAAGAAGCUGCAGAAGAUGUUCGAGGAGCAGCUCAAGGCGAGCAGGACCGUCAGGGAGCCGCCGGAGGAGCAGCCGGUCCAGAGCGCCGGCGCUGCCGCCUUCGCCGGCGUCGGCGAGCAGGACGACGAGGACGCGUUCGACGACGUGCAGCUGCUGUCCGUGGCCGGCAGCGGAUAUAACGAUGCCAGGUUCCCGUCGAAGAUAAGCUAGCGUCUGCUGCCUGCCUCGUGCCCGUUAGUCUGCUUUGUAAUCGUAGGAUUUGACAGCAAAUAUUGGUGUAGUUGUCCAUGUAUGAUACGCACAAUGUCGGGGAAGGAGUGCCUUUGUUUUUGCCAAAUCGAGCAGUGAACUUUUCUUUUUUCCUAAUAAAAAAAAUAAAGUCUUAGGGGAUACAUGGGAGGAUUCUCGUCCUCCGAGAAGUUAAA